CUAGCCUGGGAAUCUGGCUGGGGGUGCAGCACACACACGCACAAGCACACUUGACCCUGCUGUACCCAAUGUGGAGGGUCAGGGGUUACCUCUGGUCGUGGCCUGGGGCUGGGGGUGGGCAAGGAUGCUGGGUCUCCCUGGUAGGGCCUCCCAGGGUUGGGUUUUGGGAGCUGGAAGGCUGGGCAGUGCUGACUAAGCUCUGGAAGUGUCCCGCCUUGAAAGCAGCAGCCUAGCCAAGGACCGCAUGGGGGAUACUCUCCCAAGUGUCCCCACCUCCACCUUUCUCCUCAGUUCCCGGGUCCCUUUGUCCCAUUUCUGUGGCCCACCUGGUGGGGAAAGUGUAUGUCAUUCUCCCUGGUUCCCUGCCAGUCCUCCACCUGAGACCCAGAGGGUGAGCCAGGUCCCCCCUGAUGUGGCGGCUGGGGGUUCAGGCAGUGCCCACAGCCCCAUAGGAGUGAUGGUCAGGCUGAGACGUGUUCUGCCUUCGUGGUGCAGCAUCUGUGGGCCGCAGGGUGGCCGCUGAGCUGGACUGUGCCUCCCCGGGCAUCCAGGCUAAGUCAGAUGCCCUCUUGGGGAACAUGGGCUCCAUCAAGGGCAACUUCUGUCACCGUCUGGGUGGGGCCGCAGCCCCUCCAACAGGUCGUAGUCCCCAUGGACCCGCUGUGUUCAUUGUCCCUGAGAGGCGGCAGCAUGCUGGCCAGUCCUGGCCGUGGGACCACACUUCUGAGCUGCUCUGGCCAAGGUUGUCCCUCCUGGACCCGGGAGAGGACCCUGGUUGCGGUGAAGCCAGACGGGGUGCAGCGGCGGCUCGUCGGGGACGUGAUCCAGCGCUUUGAGAGGAGGGGCUUCAAGCUGGUGGGGAUGAAGAUGCUGCAGGUGCCAGAAAGCCUCCUUGCUGAGCACUACCACGAGCUGCAGAGGAAGCCCUUCUACCCAGCCCUCAUCAGCUACAUGAGCUCCGGCCCAGUGGUGGCCAUGGUUUGGGAAGGUCCCAACGUGGUCUGUGCCUCGAGGGCCAUGAUAGGACACACCAACUCGGCCGAGGCUGCUCCCGGCACCAUCCGGGGAGACUUCAGCAUCCAUAUCAGCAGGAAUGUCAUCCACGCCAGCGACUCCGUGGAAGGGGCCCAGAGGGAGAUCCAGCUGUGGUUCCAGAGCAGUGAGCUGGUGGACUGGGCGGACGAAGGCCACCAUGACAGCGCCGGUCCAGCCUGAGCCCUCAGGGUGCCCUCGGUGCCCUGGCAUCCACUCCGGACCAACUACCUCUUCCAAGAACUUGAGCCCACACCACACUCUGCCCGAAUGUCCCAGACCACCUGCUCGUUCACCUUGUGCCUACCCCAGCCCACAGGGGUUGAGCCACCGACUUUAUGUGCCUUGCAGUAUCCUAAGCCAGCACACGACUGCAUCAAAUCCUC